AUGGGGAGCCCGCGGGCCGAUGCCUGGUGCGCGCCCAUGCAGCGGGUGAGCACGCCAAGGGGCUGGCGCGCGCUCCAUCACUGGCCGCGCCGGCGGCGUCUCCUCGGGCGGGGUCAUUGGCCCGGGCUUCGGCCGCCGUUCCGCAUCUGGCAGGGCCGGAUCGCCGGCCCCCAUCCGCUUUCCUCCCGGCAAUUUCAAGCAUUCUUCGACUCUCUUUUCAAAGUCCAUUUCAUAUUUCCAUCGCGGUACUUGUUCGAUAUCAGUCUCUCACCCGUAUUCAGCCUUGGACGGAAUUUACCGCCCGAUUGGGACUGCAUUCCCAAACAACCCGACUCGCCGACAUCACCUCGUUGUGCGGCAGGGUCCGGGCAAGACAGGGCUCUCACCCUCUCCGGCAACCCUUUCCAGGGGACUUGGGCCCGGUUCGUCGCUGAGGACGCUUCUGUAUACUACAAUUCGGGUGGCGUCACCUCACGAUUCUCAAGCUGGGCUCUUCUCGGUUCGCUCGUCGUUACUAGGGGAAUCCUCGUAAGUUUCUUUUUCUCCGCUUAUUGA